AUGCUUACCGUGCACCAUUUGCAGCGCAGCCAAAGUGAGCGCAUCGUUUGGCUGUGCGAGGAACUUGGAAUUCCCUACGAGCUUAAACUCUACCAACGCAACCCCCUCUUCUCUCCACCGGAGCUCGUGGCGCUGACACCGCUGGGUGCGGCUCCGGUCAUCACGGACGUCACGUUCGGCGCAUCCAAGCCACUGACGCUGGCAGAGAGUGGCGCAAUUGUGGAAUACAUCAUUCACAAACAUGGUGGUGGACGACUGGCCCUGCCUCCGUCUCAUAAAGACUACGCCGACUACCUGUACUGGUUCCAUCUGUCCAACGGAAAUCUGCAGCCGUGCAUGCUCAGAAGCACCAACUUUCGCGCAUUGAAGUUGGGUCCUGACAACGCCGCGCAGAAGAACGUUGACGCACGUCUGAAGUUGAUUUUGGACAUGGUCAACGAUCGGCUGACCCAGGUACCCUGGUUGGCGGGCGAGGAGUUUACAGCGGCCGAUAUCAUGAGCGUAUUUUCAUUGAGCACGAUGAGAUUGUUCUACCCGAUGGACUUGACUGGAUAUGAUGGGAUUCUAGCAUGGCUACAGCGAGUAGGACAACGACCGGCAUAUCGGGCGGCAAUGGAGAAAGGAGAUCCUGGAAUGACCCCCUGUCUAGGAGCUGAAGCGCCAGCGCCAUUUCUUGGGCUCUGA